CAACCCCGCCCGCCCGACUGACUGACAACACAAGACAACGAAGAUCCAUCCGCUCCUCGGGCGUCUGACCAAUUCUGCCACAGCGAAGGAGAGGAGGAAGGACUAUGUUAGGUUGCUGAGGGUGAGAGGUGAGAGUUGAAGGGUCGGCAGCGCAGCAGGCAUGCAGAGCAUUAAGUGUGUAGUGGUGGGCGACGGUGCCGUAGGGAAAACCUGUCUGCUCAUCUCCUACACAACCGGAGCCUUCCCUAAGGAAUAUAUACCCACCGUGUUUGACAAUUAUAGUAGCCAGGUGACAGUAGACGGGCGCUCCAUCAGUCUGAACCUGUGGGACACGGCAGGCCAGGAGGAGUAUGACCGUCUGAGGACCCUGUCCUACCCACAGACCAACAUCUUCAUCAUCUGCUUCUCCAUCUCCAGCCCCGCUUCCUAUGAGAAUGUCAAACACAAGUGGCACCCAGAGGUGUCCCACCACUGCCCCGGUGUGCCUGUCCUUCUGGUAGGCACGAAGAGCGACCUGCGUAACGAUGAGGAGACCCAGCGCAAGCUGAAGGAGCAGAGCCAAUCUCCUGUCACUCAUCACCAGGGGGCGGGACUGGCCCGUCAGAUCCAAGCCGCCCGCUACCUGGAGUGUUCCGCCCUCAACCAGGAUGGGAUCAAAGAGGUGUUCGCUGAGGCCGUCCGAGCCUUCCUCAACCCCCAGCACAUCACCAGCAAGAGGUCCUGUAGGCUACUGUAGAGAGAGAGAGAGAGGAGGGGAAGGAGAGAGGGGGGAUUGGGGAGAUAGAGAGGAAGAGUAAAAGGAGGGGUAAAAAGACUGAUGUUCGCUGAGCCAAUCCGAGCCUUCCUCGACCCCCAGCAAAGAGGUCAAGAAGGGGAAAGAAGGGUGGUUAGCUAGAUGAAGAGACAGAAGGGGGUGGGCAGUUGAAACUGAAAAACUUACUGCAACAAUGGAAAUAAUAGGAAUGUACAUGACUAUGGAAGAAUAAUUCAGUUACAUGUAAAUAUGACAGGAGAACAGUAUUCUCUUUUCCCCCAGUGACCGACGAGCCUUACUAUUGGGAAGAGGGAGGGGCAACUGCACUCUGCAAAUGACGAAUUACAGUGAUCUGUUAUCAUGGACACUUGGGCAGUUCUGAUAGGCCAGAGCAGUGUCACUCAACGGCUUUACCAAAGACUGAUUGGUCUGUGAUGGUGGCGUCUACUUUCUCUUCCCACUCCUUGACCCUAGUCUCUUUUCCUCUUAUUCCAGCUUUAGAGCUCAGUAGAAACCCAACUAAAGCAUAUGUAAAGCAUAUUGAGAAAUAUCACGAUGAGCCAUGCCUCUUUCAAUUCCCAGAAAUGAGCCUUUAAUAUUUGUUUGUUUGUAAAUCAAAAAUGUGUCCUGUGUGUUGACGCUGGCUGCCUCUGUUCAGGCCAGAGGUUAGAGGUCGCAGAUGAAGCUGAGAGGUUGUGUCCCAAAAGUUGUGAAACCUUUUUUCCACGACCGCUGAUCUUCCUUCAUAUCUUCCCUUAUAUCAUAUCCCCUCCUGAGUUGUAUACUACGAAGCAAGCUAGAUCUACUCAGGCUUUUAUAACGCUAGCCAGCUUCAGUUAACGUCACAUUCCAGAUCAGGCUUUUAUGAAGCUAGCCUACUUCAAUUAGCUUCACAUUCCAGAUCAGGCUUUUAUGAAACUAGCCUACUUCAAUUAGCUUCACAUUCCAGAUCAGGCUUUUAUGAAACAAGCCUACUUCAAUUAGCUUCACAUUCCAGAUCAGGCUUUUAUGAAGCUAUAGCGUACUUCAAUUAGCUUCACAUUCCACAUCAGGCUCGUACUUCUACGGUGGAUAUUGCUUGUCCGCCUGCCGCAGGCUGGUUACUGCGCGUGUAUGUCGCACAUGGGUAGUCGAAUGCCAAACUCGUCAUUGAGACAAUGCUGAAACGUCAAUCUAUGGGCGAGUCAGUGCCACACUAUAAUUUGUGCCGAAAUUUAGAAGUGCCAUCUUUAUUUGAUUACUUGUCGUUAAUUCUACUUUUGUUGUGCUUUUGUGUGCUCGUCAAUGCACGAGCACCUUCUAUCUGUAGAACAGCUUGUUGCGUUGUGGCCACAGACAUAUAAUCCAUAGCAGGGUUUUGGAACCUCUAAACCUGGCAAUUUGACUGUUACACUCAUGGUAACCUAACAUAGCAGGCAUAAAAGAAACACCUGAAACUAGAUCCCCUACAUACUGGUCUCGACAAGAAGAAAAAAAGGUCAUUUUCUGCACUGUUCAACCAAUCCAGUGAAUAUGGAGGAGGUGUUAAGAUGGGGUGUCAUGCUGUUAAUGUCUGAAAGCAGAAGUCGCGCCACAGGCUCUCUUUCCAUUUCCCCUGAAAACCAGAACAUCCAGUUGUUGGGGACUCAGAGGUUACAUACACUAGCAAUGGCUGCCAGUCUUCACUUGAAUGGGAACUGCCAUCUAUGGAUUAUGGUUGGUUGCCUUUCGCAAAUUUCAAAAUACAAUUGCACAAAAAAACAUACCGUUUGGAAACGCAAGUACUGUCAUUACUAAAUGUGUCAUGUGAUAGGUGUUAAAAAUAUAUAUAUUUACACACAAAAAAACAUUUUAUUAAUAUAUUUAACCAAUCGUCUUCCUCAAAUGAAGGGGAUAAUGACACAAUCUUUGCGAGAGGGAGGAUUUCAUUGGUCCUCAUGGCUCAGACACUUCAUUCAGGAUAAAUGGAGUUAGCCUUCAGGUUAGACACAGCUUGAGUCCAGUCUCUUUGCUACAGGAAGUAAUCCUUCUACUGAGGUUCACAAUGAGACAGAGAGCCAUUUCCACUUCCCCCCCUCACUUCCUGUCUGCCUGUAUACCUUCCAGACCAUUCCAACAGUAUAAUCUUUAGACCACCCUUCCCUAUUCCUUUCCCCCUCUCUCCUCUUUCCCCUUCACCUUUCCCCUGUUCUCCUACCCUCUGCCUCCACUCCCCGUUCCUUUCCUCCUCUC